AUGUCUCGCAUUAGAAGAAACGAAAUUCCAAAUAUUACUUUAUCUAGAAUUGAUUAUGACAAUUAUAGACAAAAAUUUCCAAGUUCUUUAAAACAAGGUGUCUCCUUUUCUAAUCAAUUGAAUCUUCAUGAACAAUUAAGGAUCAUUAAAGAUGAAAAUGAUUUUACAAAUGAAUUUUUUACGGCUGCGAAAAUUUAUACUAAUAAUCAAUCCAAAAAGAUAAUAAACUCCGACCAUAACACUUGUCAAAUUACUAUCAAGGUUGAUAGUGAUUCUUCAUUGGCUGACACCUCAGAUUCUGACUCGGAACCCUACACAACUGACGAUGAACUUAUUUUACAACAAUCCAGUUCAUUAAAUGAUGAUGAACGGUUAAUUAAUAACAAUGAUGAUGAACAGUUAAUUAAUAAUAAAGUUCUUAAAGUUCAAACAGAAUCCAAGAAUAUCCAAGAGCAAGCAACGAAUAAUUGUUUACAACCUGCAGCUAUCAAUUCUUCACAAUCAAAAUUUUCUAAUGAUCGACAAAGUCAAUUGCAAAAUGUUUAC